UACAGAUUUGACAUGACUGAAAUGAAGCUCAUUUUUUCCGCAAAAGGUUUAAUCGUGCGUAAUUUCGCGCAAGAUAUAUUUGAAUAACAAUGCGAUCAAUGUGUGGUGGAGUUUCUAUGGUUUAAAAGACGGAAAUCACCUGCCAGGUCGGUAGCUCACCUGUUUAAUCCUGCUUUAGAAGGGGAUAACAGCUGAAAUAAACGUGGCGAGACGUCGUGCGCAGCCAAGUUUCCUCACGCGCUGGCCUUACAGACUGACACAGCUCCACAAACAGGCAACGCAACAUCGUCUGCAGCAACCGAUUUUUGAUCUGAGAAGGACGUAAACUCUGGUCUCUUUCCAAUUUACCUCCUGGAAGUUCACAGACCGUUUCAUGUGUUUGAAGCUCCGCCUCCUCCUCUCCCUUCAGCCAAUCAGAUGUGAGGACGAUACAGUUCUUCCUGUUUGCUCUUCCUGCAGCUCAGCUGACUGACAGCGAUGCGGUUCCGUUUUUGCGGUGAUUUGGACUGCCCGGAUUGGGUACUUGCAGAAAUUAGCACGUUAGCAAAAAUGUCCAGCGUUAAGAUGAAACUCCUUUGUGCCCAAGUGCUCAAGGAUUUACUUGGAGAGGGAAUUGAUUAUGACAAGGUUGCAAAGCUUACUGCAGAUGCAAAGUUUGAAAGUGGAGAUAUUAAAGCCAGUGUAGCAGUGCUCAGCUUCAUCUUCUCCAGUGCAGCAAAGCAUGAUGUUGACAGUGAAUCUCUGUCCAGUGAGCUGCAGCAGCUUGGUCUACCUAAGGAGCACACAACAGGACUGUGUAAAUCAUAUGAAGAUAAACUUUCUGCACUGCAAGACAGACUAAGACAGACAAGUCUGAGAUUGGGACGUCUGGAGGCUGUUUCUUGGCGUGUUGACUACACUUUGAGCUCCAGUGAGUUGAGAGAGGUGAAUGAACCAACAAUUCAGCUGAAACUGCAGGUGCAGGGCGCCGAGUCAGGCUCCACAGAGACAACUGUUGUGUCUGUUUCUGCUGACAAAUUCAGAGUCAUGCUUUCAGAGCUCAAACAAGCACAAACUAUGAUGAAUGCACUUCAAUGAAGAAAGGACCUUUUCUGACCCUGAGGAUUGAUCAAAAAGUGGACACAAAUGCCAAAAGUGCCAUAUUUAAAUCCAUAAGACAUUUUGUAUAAUUCUGUCAUCUGAAUGUUGUAGCUCAUCAUUAGUCCAUUCAUUUGAUUGUUGUGUAGUUGUAUUUUUCUAAAACCUUAGAAAUAAUUGUUGGAAA